AGCGCUGGUGUGGUGGGCGGAGCUUGGCUUUCCGUCUUGCUCUGUGGAGCUGAACGAAAGACAUUGAUGUGGGGAAGGAAGAAAACACCGACGAAACCGGAGAGGUGGAGUAAAGUCAAAACGCCACGCGAGGUGACGAGACUCCUCUGGAUUCACCGACAACUUGGUUUUUUCGCGGGAGGGACGAGCGACUGACGGAGCGGGCGUUCACGUAGGUUGUCAAUCGACGGUUUCUCGGGAUGUAAACCCACCUGGACGUAAAUCAAAGUAGACGGGAACAGCCGGCUAGACUGAUUGUAACUAGGCUAGAGUGUCUUGCUUUCGGGAAAACUGGGAAAGGCGGGGCCGGACUAGCGCUCUCCCACACCGGGAUUACCGAGCUCCCCCUGCGCCGCUUCGUAUCCAACGACGCAGCGGGAUUCUGAGGGGGGAGCCGGGGGCGGUCGGGGGAGCUUCCGCGGCCGCUAACCGGGAAUUAUCCGCCGCCGCCGCCGCCGUUGGGCGCUGGCGACGUUUGUCACUCAUUCCCGUCUACGGUCACCUGGCCGCGCUCCUUUUCCCUCGCUGUUUGGAGUCUAAACACGGAUUUGCACCUUCCCGGUGGGAUUGGGACUAUGGCGGACGACGACGUGCUCUUCGAAGAUGUCUACGAGCUCUGCGAGGUGAUCGGGAAGGGUCCGUUCAGCGUUGUGAGGAGAUGCAUCAACAGAGAGACGGGGCAGCAGUUUGCCGUCAAAAUUGUGGAUGUCGCUCAGUUCACCUCCAGUCCAGGACUCAGCACAGAGGACCUGAAGAGGGAGGCCAGCAUUUGCCACAUGCUGAAACACCCGCACAUCGUGGAGCUGCUUGAGACUUACAGUUCCGAUGGGAUGCUCUACAUGGUCUUUGAAUUCAUGGAUGGAGCAGACCUGUGCUUUGAGAUCGUCAAGAGGGCAGAUGCCGGUUUUGUCUACAGCGAAGCGGUGGCCAGUCACUACAUGAGACAGAUCCUGGAGGCGCUGCGUUACUGCCAUGACAACAACGUCAUCCACAGGGAUGUCAAGCCUCACUGCGUGCUGCUGGCGUCCAAGGAGAAUUCUGCUCCCGUCAAAUUAGGAGGAUUCGGAGUGGCGAUCCAGUUGGGAGAAUCUGGAUUGGUGGCUGGAGGUCGUGUAGGAACGCCGCACUUCAUGGCGCCCGAGGUGGUGAAGAGGGAGCCGUAUGGAAAACCCGUGGACGUGUGGGGCUGCGGCGUCAUCCUCUUUAUCCUCCUGUCAGGGUGUCUGCCCUUCUACGGUACCAAAGAGCGUCUUUUCGAAGCGAUCUGCAAGGGGAAAUACAAGUCCUACAAUAUUUUACCACAGAUGAACCCGCGGCAGUGGAGUCAAAUCUCGGAGAGCGCUAAAGAUCUGGUGCGGCGCAUGCUGAUGCUCGAUCCCGCCGAGAGGAUCACCGUUUACGAGGCCCUCAACCAUCCUUGGCUCAAGGAGAGGGACCGCUAUGCCUACAAGAUCCACUUGCCAGAGACUGUGGAGCAACUCAGAAAGUUUAAUGCCAGGAGGAAGUUAAAGGGAGCCGUGCUGGCAGCGGUUUCCAGUCACAAGUUUAAUUCCUACUAUGGAGACCCCCCUGAGGAACUCCACGACUUCUCAGAUGACCCCACCUCCUCAGGGCUGCUCGCAGCAGAACGAGCUGUGUCUCAGGUGUUGGACAGUUUAGAAGAGAUCCACGCGUUGACAGACUGCAGCGAAAAGGAUCUGGACUUUCUCCACAGUGUUUUCCAGGACCAACAUUUACACACACUGCUCGACCUCUACGAUAAGAUCAACACCAAGUCGUCCCCGCAGAUCAGGAAUCCGUCCAGUGACGGAGUGCAGAGAGCAAAGGAGACGUUCUCCUCGCACCGGGAAGACAGUGACGCUUUGAAACAUCUGGAAUAUGUAUUGGAAGAGAUCUCUUGCUACCCGGAGAACCACGACGCCAAAGAACUCAGACGGAUACUGACUCAGCCACAUUUCAUGGCGUUGCUGCAGGCCCACGACGUGGUGGCGCAUGAAGUCUACAGCGACGAGGCGCUGAGGGUGACGCCGCCGCCUACUUCGCCCUACCUGAAUGGCGACUCGCCCGAAAGCACCAACGGAGACAUGGACCUGGAAAACGUCACCAGGGUGCGCUUGGUGCAGUUCCAGAAGAACACGGAUGAGCCCAUGGGCAUAACGUUGAAAAUGAACGACUCCAACAACUGCAUCGUGGCCAGGAUCAUGCACGGUGGAAUGAUCCACAGACAAGGCACGUUGCAUGUCGGAGAUGAGAUCAGGGAGAUCAACGGCAUCAGCGUCGCCAACCAGACUGUCGAGCAGCUGCAGAAGAUGCUGAAGGAGAUGCGAGGCAGCAUCACAUUUAAAAUAGUGCCAAGUUACCGGACGCAGGGCUCCUCCUGUGAGAAAGAGUCCCCCACCACGUCCAGGCAAUCCCCUGCCAAUGGCCACUCCAGCAUUAACAGUUCUAUCUUGGACCUGCCGUCCACCAUCCAGCCCAAAGGUCGACAGAUUGUACCCAGACCUCCAAUCAAGGACAAAAUGUCUGUCAAGAUCUACGUGAGGGCUCAGUUUGAGUACGACCCCUCCAAAGACGAGCUGAUCCCCUGCAAGGAGGCCGGCAUCCGCUUCCGCGUGGGCGACAUUAUCCAGAUCAUCUCCAAAGACGACCACAACUGGUGGCAGGGCAAGCUGGAGAACACCAAGAACGGCACGGCCGGCCUCAUCCCGUCACCCGAGCUACAAGAGUGGCGUGUGGCAUGCAUGGCCAUGGAGAAGACCAAGCAGGAGCAACAGGCCAGCUGCACUUGGUUCGGCAAGAAGAAGAAGCAGUACAAAGACAAGUAUUUGGCCAAGCACAAUGCAGUGUUUGACCAAUUAGAUUUGGUGACGUACGAAGAAGUGGUCAAGCUGCCCGCCUUCAAGAGAAAAACGCUUGUAUUGUUAGGUGCUCAUGGCGUCGGCAGGAGACACAUCAAGAACACCCUCAUUACCAAACACCCCGACAGAUUCGCCUACCCCAUCCCACACACAACGAGACCCCCCAAGAAGGACGAGGAGAACGGAAAAAACUACUACUUCGUAUCGCACGAUCAGAUGAUGCAGGACAUCAGCAACAACGAGUACCUGGAGUACGGCAGCCACGAGGACGCCAUGUACGGCACGCGCCUGGAGACCAUUCGCAAGAUCCACCAGCAGGGAUUGGUCGCCAUCCUGGACGUCGAGCCUCAGGCACUGAAAGUCCUCCGCACUGCCGAGUUUGCGCCAUACGUGGUCUUCAUCGCCGCGCCGACCGUCACGCCGGGCAUCGACGAGACGCCCAGGUGGUGUCGCACUCUGCCAGACGAGUCCUUGCAGCGUCUCCAGAAGGAGUCGGAGAUCCUGCAGAAGUCUUACGCUCACUACUUCGACCAGACCAUCAUCAACAACGAGAUCGACGACACCAUCGGUCACCUGGAGGAGGCAGUGGAGCUGGUUUGCAAUAGCGGCCAAUGGGUGCCCGUCUCCUGGGUCUACUGAAGCCCCCUCGCCAUCCUCGUCGUGAUCUCGUGCUACAAAAUCAGUAGUGUGUCUGUACCGGCUAGGACCCUUUUUUUUUUUUUAAACUAGAUGUUUCUUUUGGAGAUGCAUCCCGUCAUCGCGGACCCUUCGGACCGGAAAGAAAAAGCACACAAACAUCGGCCCUCGUUAUUUAUUAACGCCGCCUUUUUUUUUUUUUAAAUCCUCUCGCCCCACUCUUGGACUUUCUAAAUAAAACCCAUACGUGUUAUUAUUAUGAUUAUGACGGAGGGUGAAAAAAAGAAGACGAGAAUGACUCAUGCAUGUGGCGCCAUUUUGGUCCGUGUUCCUUGUGUCCUUCUGUAAAGAGAUUUCAAAGUAAGAAAAAUAAAAAGAAUAAAGGAAAUGUUCCAGAUGA